CCUCUCUUUUUGUUCAUCAAUCACACAACCUUUUUCUUUGCAUUACAAAUUACUCGCAAAACAUAAUGGUUUCAUUUAAUAUUUCACUCUCUCUUUUGUGUCUCGUUGGGUUAGCUCUCUUCUUCCCCUCCUAUGCACAAAACUCCGCGCAGGACUACGUCAAUGCUCACAAUUCAGCUCGUGCAGCAGUUGGUGUUGGGCCUGUGACAUGGGACAACACAGUGGCUGCCUUCGCCCAAAACUAUGCCAAUCAACGUAUCGGAGAUUGCGCCCUCGUCCAUUCCGGUGGCGGUGGGAAAUAUGGCGAGAACCUUGCAUGGAGCAGCGCUGACCUUUCGGGAACGGAUGCAGUGAAGAUGUGGGUCGAUGAGAAGGCCGAUUAUGACUACAACACUAAUAGUUGUGCCCCAGGCAAGGCUUGUGGCCACUACACUCAGGUGGUGUGGCGCAACUCCGUUCGCAUUGGCUGCGCCAAGGUGAGGUGCAACAACGGUGGAACCUUCAUCGGCUGCAACUAUGAUCCCCCCGGCAAUUACGUCGGCCAGAAACCUUACUAAUUAUCUAGUUCGAUCUCAUUUAUCACUAAAUGAGAGAUGAUUGCAUUUUCAAUUAAUAAAGCUCUGAAAUGGCGACCUAAUGUUUACUUCAUGAAUAAAUUACUGUUUAUCUAUAUGUCGUUAUAUUAAUAAACAUUAUAUGUCUUCUCAGUCUCAA